AUCAAGAGAUGUGUUCAGCAGAGAGCAGGUUUUUAGCCCAGUAAAGUGGAGAAGAAGAGAGUUUGGUCAGGAUGUGCUGAAGCUCACAGCGCUGCCUUCACAUGCUCAACGAGAAACUCAGCAGCACACUGGAUCACUCUUUAAAAGCACUUUCAUUCAGGACAUUACCUAAGGACAGGACCUGAACCAAGAUCAGACAAAUGACAGAGUGACACGUUCCAGCAGAGAUCGGACAGUCUGGUGUCAGCGGACUCGGAACUGGCGCAGUGUGAGACGGAGGUGAGCACUUUACUGCAGAUCAUUUCUGAGCUCAACAGGAAGAUGGACUCCCUACAAAUACCACGGUCUGUGUUCUCACAGAGAGAUGAAAACGUCUGAGGGUCAAGUGCGGGUCAGUGGGUGCGUCCCGCAGCAGGGCUUGAGAUCUCCGGCCCGCAGCCUCACGGUGGUGGACGCUGGCACGGCAUCUGUGGAGCCCAAGACCAAGAAAGACUCAGAAGGGGGCAGCAGUGAGCUUUGGGUCGAGCUGCAGCAGGUUCUCUCUGCUCUUGAGACCUCUAGCGGUCAGGGGAGGAAGAUGCUCAGGCUGCAAACUCAGAAUGCUGAGACAAUCCAGGCCAAACAUCUCUCUGCAGCCCGGGAGAGCUGGGUUCAGGCCACACAGGUGCUGGAGGAGAUGGAGAGUGAUUUGGGGAUCUCAUACCCCUCUGCUCUGCCCCCUGAUGAGAGACGUCAGUAUCAGCGGGAUGUUCUCUCACUGUACAAACACAACCAAGACCUCAACACCUCCUUGAAGAGCCGUCAGGAAGAGCUUAUAGAUGCUGAAGGAAUGCUGAUGGAUCUUGAGGACGAGAAAAAGUGGCUACAGGAAAAGUUAGUGGACCUGAAGAGGAAGUGGCUGUUCGGAGUGAGUCGUUCUCCUCCUGUUAGUCCAUCAUUGUCCUCUAGUCGAACUUCGAGCCCUUGCUUUUCCUCUCCUCCAUAUCCUGGAUCCCCUCUGCUGUCCCGCAAACUACCUGGCUCCAGGCCGGAUUCCCCUUCAUCUCCCUGCACCGUUGACUCUGUGCUUCAGGCUGAGAUCGAAAAGCAGCAGAGGUGUCUGGAGCGACUGAAAGCUCGGAAUGAGCGUCUGAAUGCCGCACUGGUCAGGAGGAAAGGAGAAUCAGAGCAGCUGAGCAUGAAUCUCAGCCGACAGGAGGCAGACAGCUCGGCUCUACACAUGGCUCUGGCAUACUGUGAGGAGUGUGAGGAGGCUUACAGUGACCUACUAUCCCUGUGCGAAGCCAGAAAACAACAGUAUGCAGAAAACAUGAGCACACCCCAGCCUGACCUCUCAAAGUUAACGGAGGAGAACUCAGACAAAGGCGAGUCAUCCUCCAGUCCACCAGAGGGCACUACUGAGACUAGACCAAACAGCUUGUCGGAGCAGGAGUUUAAGGGCAAGGCUGGUGUAAUUCUCCAGAGGAUCGCCAGGCUAAAGCAGGACAGGGCCGCUAUGUGUAUCCCGCAGCGGGGCAAAUCAGGAGAGGGAAAGAUCAGUCCCGACACUGGCACGCUUGCAGGGGUCAGAGGUCGCACCAGUUCACUUUCCAAAAACACCAAAGAGGAGAAAGCGGCUCUAUUAUAUGAGUUGGUGACAGUCAGGGAGGAGAUGUCAGAGAUGCGUGGAAAUCUCCGGCUCCUGGAAAAAGAGCGGCGGUGUUUGGACCUGGUGCUGAUGGUCCAGAGUGCCCAAGACUCUGCUGGUGCUCUGAUCCUGGACAGUCUGCGAGAUGAGCUGGGCGAGAGAAGAGCCACCCAGCAGAGAAUUGCUGAAAAUCUGGCAAAAAUAGAAGCUGGAGAGGGAAUUCCCGGUCCUCGCAAUCACUCUAUCCUAAGAGAACUACAAGCGGCAUUGCAAAGGGAGCAAUCACUGAGGAAGAGAGUGGCGGCUUUACGCGAGUCACUGGACUCAGCGCUCACAGACAGCACCACUCAGAGGACGAUCAACAGAGAAGAGAUUGCACGUCUCUCCCGCUACUACAAUAAAGUCUUAAGCACUUACAGAAGUUCUCGAAAGAAGCACCAGGAGCAGCUGUGGCGACUGGAGAAGCAAAUCGCAGUCAUGAACGAACGUCACGCUACCAGGGAAGCUGAGCUAAGUGCCACACUGGAAGCUAUGGAGUGGAGGAAAGAGGAGACCAUACUCUGAAAGACUCACAGCACAGUUCUUAGUGUCAUUUUACUGACGAAGGCUAAUGCUAAGAGGAAUUUGAGUAAGACUUUGGGUAAUGAUUGUCUUACUGAGCAUAUAAUCCACUGACCUCCAAAGAAAUAAAACUGACACUAAAAUUGUUGCCAAGGAUGUGCACUUUAAAGGUUAUUCUUUUGCUUAGAUAUUAUGCAUAAUUUGGUAAAAUGUAAAGCCUUGCACAUUUUAUCGGUGCAUGAUGAGUAUGUGCAUUUUUUAAAAACUUUUUAUCACUUAAUUAGAACCACCACAAAAGUGCAAUUUUAUUAUGCGCAAAAAAGCUCUUUGCAUUUUUAUAACACUAUGCUGUAAGUGUGUCCCAUCAGGUAAUCAAAAGUUCUACACACACUUGCGGUCUUCACACCCACUUGAACUCUUGAGCUAAAAACGGGAAAUACGUCACGUAAGUAGACAAGUGGUCAAGUGCAAAGACAAGUGUGGGUAUUAGGACAGGCCAUCUUUAUAGGCCACUGAUAUAACUGAGCUCUCUAUCAUCAUGUGUUUAAAAUAUUUGUAUUAUAUUCAGUAUUAUGCAUUUCUUUAGAUGUACGACUGUAUGUCUAUAAAAAAUUGCAAGUGCAAUAUUAUAAUGAAUAUUUAUUAAAGUUUUUGACAGUUUAAAAACUUCUGCGAACUGCUAGUUUUCUGUAUAAAAGCAGACAACAACUCUAACAAUAGGUGUAUGCACAUUAGAAAACACUAUGUCAGCUUUGUUCAUCUUACAAUUCACAAUUGCACUGACAGAGAUCGCUAUGCAAACGCUGUAACUCUGACUCCCUCUCGUCUGAGACCUUUCCCUCUUUACGAUCAAAGCAGCUGCAUAAUCAUUUUCAUUUAAAAGCAUUUUUCUUUGUGAGUCUCAGAAAAACAGAGAUCACAGAAAAUAGGUCAGUGUAUGCCAGAAGUGGAGUGCCUUUCCCAGAGCGGAUCACUCUUCCUGUGAAGAUUCGGCCUCACGAUCGCUCUCACAGUAGAAACGGGGGGAAGGGAGGGACACACAAUAGAGAGAGAGGUCAGAGGAGCCUGACUCGCACGUUUGUCUUCUCUUUUCACUGAUCCUCGUCUUUCAGUGCUGCCCGGGCCAGCUGACUGCAGCUGUGGCAAAGGUUGAGAGUCACACCCCCGGGGUUAAAGGAUUUGCUCUCUGUUGUAGGAGCUGGUGAAUAAAGGGGGUCAUGGGGUCACGUUAAAUGCAGACUCUGUCCUGAACGCGCCUGCUGGGGAAGAUCUGAGUUUUAGUGAUCGUUUGGAUAAAGAUAAUGAUUAUGUCUCUGAUAGCUCUGUGCUGGAUAAACUGCUCAGAUCUGAAGUGAUGUGAAAAACGUCAUACUGAAUGAUGAGAUAAUCAUAUAAUCAACUAUAAAGAAAUUUGUGAUGAUUUGUGGUGAUCACAGACAUUUGAUGAGGUAUGUACAGACCAUAAUCUCAUUGAGACUUUGGGAUCAGUAAGAAUCAACCUUAACAACCCUCUAGAAGUCAAGACCAGAGACUCCAAGAAACAGACCCAGACCAAAACUAGACUCCUACAUUGCUUGCAUCCCAUUCUGUCUUGGAGCGCAAGCACAAAAAGUUGUCUGCAGGACAGAAUGCGAGUACUGAAUUGAGUUUUCUUAACUUUAUUUCUUUGGUCCACUUUAGACGUUCUUCUAACUAUAAGUAACUUUGCAACUACAUGUCAACCAACUCUCAUUAGAGCGUUAGUAGACUGUAGUAGGCUGUUAGGGUUUGGGUUAGUAGAAUACGUUCACGUACUUGCAAUGAUAUUUAUAGUCAGUAGAAUGUCUGUUAGGGAGCAUCAAAAUAAAGUGUUAAGCACCCUUAUGGAAAGAAAAUAUAUUUCCCUAUAUAUGAAUGAUCAAUAUAUUACAUGAUUUAACAGUAUAUUUGAGUAUAUAUUGAAUAAUACAUAAUUUCAAAUAUUGAAAAAUAUGUGAUAAUAUAUUUAUUAAUAUAUCAUAAUGUAUGUAAUUUUAUAUUCAGUAAUAUACUUCAUAAUAUAUAGAUUUAUAUGUGAUCAGAUAUGGUACUGCAUGCGUAAUAUAUUGCAGAUAUAUUUACUUAUGCAGUAUAAACACAUAUAGGGUAAAAUAUAUUUUGUAACACACUUAUUAUAUUUUAUAAUAAUUUACAUUUUAAAUGUUUCAUAUUUUCAAGUUAGUUAACAAAAGCACACCUGCAUGUACUAAAGUUUCUACCAAAGAGAUUAUCACUGUGCUAUAGCGUGCACAGCCGUUACUUUUUAAAUAAAGUUAUUAUAGUCUUAAUGAUGGCCAAUCAUAAACCUAACCACAGGAUCUACUCCUUCCCAAAAACUCACACAUACCAGAAAACCUUUUAAAAUUCCAAACUAAUACAACUUUAAACACUAACAGAUCUCCUCCUAUAUCAAUAUUGAGCAAAACACAUGAAAUAGCACUUAAUUUUAACAUUUACUCUCCUUUAACAGUCAGAAGCAAAGCAUGCUGGGAACUGGAAGUCUGUUGUAACCACUGAUCCUAACUCAUUCCGUGAAUGUGUGCUUAUAUGUGUGUACAAUACAUUCACAUUUAUGUGGGAAUAUGUAUGUGCAAUAUAUGUACACAAUAAAGGAUAAAACUUUA